AUGGAGUACUGGAAAUUGGUGUGGGUGUUUGUGGUUGCUUUCUUAUUUGGAGGGUAUCAAAGUGAAGGGUGCUGGGAGAUUGAGAAAGCUGCUCUCUUGCAACUCAAACCUUUCUUUCCUCGUGUUAAAGGUGAAGGGAUUUCUUGGGGGAAGGGAAAUUGUUGCCGAUGGAAUAGGGUUGAGUGCAGCACUUCCACUGGACGAGUCACCCAACUCUUCCUUGAGGAUAGUUAUGAUAAAGAUGUUGUUUCAUUAGGGUCGGAAGCGUAUUUAAAUGUUUUGAGUCAUUUAAAGAUACUGAAUAUAAGCUAUGAUGAAAUAAAUGACUCUACUCCAUCUCAAGAUAAUAAAAGGGAACUAAAGUUGAUGAACCUAGAAGAGCUUAAUUUGUGGGGGAAUAUCUUCAACACUAACAUAUUGUCAUCGUUGGGUAGCCUUUCAAAUCUCAAGUCUUUGUCUUUAACACAUAUAUUUGAUGGAGACGCGAUGGAGGAAUCAAUAGGGUUACCUGCUAUGAAAAACUUGGAGAAACUACAUUUAGAGUGUCAUAAUGAAAAUGGAUGGCAAAAUUUAACAAAUUUGAAAGAAUUGACCUUAACGGAUUUAUCUUGCACUUCCAACAUUAUUCAAGAUAUUGGAACCCUCACUUCUCUUGAGGACUUGGUCAUUGAUGGUUGUGACGUUGAUGAUAAUCUCACCUUACAUGGUUUUUGUGAAUUGAGGAAGCUACAAACGCUGGCCAUCAUCAACAGCUACUGGAAUGCUAGUUUGCCUGAAUGCUUCUCUGAACUCACAUCCCUCAAAUAUUUAGAUAUCUCUUACAAUAAUUUUUCUGGAAAUAUAUCCAUGUUUAAGAAUCUAAGGUUACUCAAGUAUUUAGAUAUCUCUUCCAACAAUUUUUUUGGAGAUAUAUCUAUGCUUAAAAAUUUAAAGUUGCUCGAGUAUUUAGAUCUCCGUUCGAAUAAAUUUUCUGGAGAUAUAUCUUAUUUUAUGAGUCUAACAUCCCUCCGAGAGUUAUGGCUUUCGAACAAUAAUAUUGAGAUCCCAAGGUCAUUGGCUCCGUUGUUCAACCUUUCAAAACUCCAAAAAUUAUAUGCAGACAACAACACGAUAUAUAAUGCUGAAACUGAGAUGCAUUCUGGAUAUCAGUUCCCAAACUGGUUGUUGGAAAACAACAAGAAAUUAAAGGAACUACAUCUUGCCAAUAGCUCUCAAUCGGGACAUUUUCAGCUACCACCGACUUCUCAUAGGGGUUUAUUAUAUUUGGAUGUUUCCAAUAAUUCCCUCGAUGGUAACAUCCCAAAUGAAAUCGGAGCAAAAUUGAGUGGUGGAAUACCGAGGCACUUGCCCAUGGGGUUGUUCAUAUUCGAUGUUAGCAAUAACCAACUCUUUGGUGAUAUACCAAGCUCCAUAGAGAAUCUGACACUUAUGUUAACAUUGGAUUUAAGCAAUAACACACUUUUCGGUGGGAUACCAAGGUGGAUGGGAAAGAUGUCAAAUUUGGAAGAACUUGUGAUGGCAAAUAAUCGUUUUGAAGGUCCAAUCCCCAUGGAACUUUGCAAUCUCAACUCUAGUCUUCAAUUUUUGGACCUUUCGGCUAACAACAAAUCGGGAAGUUUGCCGUCUUGCUUCAUCUUUUCAAGGCUCACUCAUGUUUAUUUAUCAAGAAACAAGCUAAAAGGGCCGAUCACCAAUUUUUUUAACAGCAGUGGUUUGGUGACACUGGAUCUUAGCAACAGCCACUUAAUUGGAAAUAUUACAAAUUGGAUUGGCAGCCUUUCUACGUUGAGUUAUCUUCUCCUAAAUAACAACUACUUUGAAGGUGGGAUUCCGGUUCAAUUAUGCGAGUUACAUUUGUUAAGGUUGAUUGAUGUUUCUAGCAACAAUCUUUCUGGUACAAUUCCUCCUUGCUUGAUGAAUACAAUAUCGAAUGAUAGUUCCCGUGCUUAUUUUGACAACAGUGGUUACGACGGUUCCAUCGGAUCUUUCUAUGUUGAUGUGCCGAUAAAGUUCACCAUGAAAUGCAUAUCCUACUUUUAUAAGGCAACAGUCCUCACUUACCUGUCUGGAAUUGAUCUCUCUUGCAACAAGUUGACUGGUGAGAUUCCCCACCAAUUCCAACACUAUAGAGACAUCAUCGUCUUGAAUUUUUCUCACAACAGUUUGAUAGGACCAAUCCCUCCAGCACUUGCCGACUUAUCCCAAAUUGAGAGUCUGGAUCUUUCUCACAACCACUUGAGCGGGAAUAUCCCUUCCCAACUUCUGGGGUUACAUUUUUUGUCCUUUUUCAGUGUGGCAUACAAUAAUUUAUCAGGAACUACACCUCAAAUAACCGGACAAUUUGCAACAUUUGAAGAAAGCAGUUACCUGGGAAAUCUUUUCCUUUGUGGUGAACCAUUGCCAAAGAAUUGCUCAAUAGAUGGAUCAUCUUCAUCGAUGCCGAAAAAUGCAACUGACAAGGGUUUCAUUGACAUGGAAUUCUUUUACGCAAGUUUUGUUGGGUCGUACAUUGUGAUGCCAUUGUGUAUUGCCAUAGUGUUGUACAUUAAUCCUUACUGGAGACAAGCAUGGUUCUAUCACGUAGAAGCAGCCACCAUGUCCUGCUAUUAUUUUGUGCUCGACCAUGUUCUGCCUAAACCAUUCCAUUAA